AUGACAACGACAACAGCAUCAGCUUUUGACCUGUUGGAAUGGGAAGGAGUCGACGACCUCCCCUCGCAAGUCUUGCCAUCCAGCCCUCUACCAAAGCCUUUCACACCCACACAACUCACCAAAACGGCAGCUACUGCUCAGCAGGACCUCCUUUCGCUUUUGGAGGAGAGCCCCCUUCCUAUCCUUGACCAGCCUCUGCGCUCUGUGGCAUCCAAUUUGCCUUUACCCCUGAUACCUAUGCAGACAUUGUCGUUGUCUCCUCGAAUGGGAACAAGCUUCCGACCCGUCCCGUCCUUUUCGUCUGCUUCUUCAACUGCCUCACAACCUUUGACUGUCACCGAGUCGUCCCAAGAAGUCAAGGUACCUCCUGUCCAGCAGGAUCCUUUCCUUGUUCCGCGCCAGUAUCAGGUCGAGUUGUUCCGCAAGGCUGAGGCAGGAAAUGUGAUUGCGGUGAUGGAUACAGGUUCAGGAAAAACACUGGUGGCUGUAAUGCUCAUCCGCGAGAUGCUUCGACGCGAGAGGGAGGCUCAGCGUGGACCAACAAAAAGCAAGAUUAGCUUCUUUAUUGUCAAUAACGUGCCUUUGGUUUUCCAGCAGGCUGCUGUCAUCCGAGCCAACUGCGACGCCGAGGUCGCCAUGCUGUGCGGUGCCAUGGACACUAAAAAAUUCUCGGAUGAUCUCUGGGGCGAAACUUACAAGAAGGUCGACGUCGUAGUCGUAACAGCUCAGAUCCUCCUCGAUCUCUUUCGUCAUGGUUUUGUCCAGAUGUCUAGGGUCAAUCUGCUGAUUUUCGAUGAGUGUCACCACGCCCGCAAGGAACACCCGUUUUGCUGCAUCAUGAAAGAGUUCUACCAUGUUCACAACCUGGAUCGCAGUCAGCGACCCAAGGUGUUUGGCAUGACCGCAUCACCCUCUUCUGACAUUGGAUCCAAGCUCUAUCACACAGCAAGCGAACUGGAGAACUUGAUGGAUGCAAAGGUAUUCACAGUGGACAAGGAAGAGGUCAAGCAGUUCGUCGAGAGACCCUUGGAGUUUGUGGUACAGUACAACCCAGCUCCUGGUUAUCGCACCACCAAGCUCACCAGCGCCCUGAGGUCUAAGUGCUUCAUGGUCCCAAGGCUGAACCCAAUCUUUGAGAACGUUCAGUUCAACCUCAGUCAUCUCGGUUCCUGGUGCGUCGAUUCUCUGUGGCGGGUCUAUGUCGAGAACAUGGCCAGGAAGGACGGCGGAAUCAAACAGCUUCCCGAGGAGAUCAGGACAGCCCUCGAUGUCGUCAAGGCCUGGACAUAUCCGGCUCCAGCGGUUGAUAUCAAGCAGAUGUCGCCCAAAGUCAUGAAGCUCAUCCAGAUCCUUCGAGUUGCGGGCAAGAGCUGGACUGAGGACUUCUGUGGCAUUAUUUUUGUACAGCGACGGGACACUGCGAUUGCACUCUGUCUGUUACUUCAGGAACUGGAGGAGUUUCGCGAGAUUUUCCGGGUCCAAGUGCUGGCCGGACAUAGCGACGAUUCUGAUAGUGUUCUAAAGAUGAACUUUCAAGAACAGAACGACAUCAUCUCCAACUUUCGAGGCAAGGCCUACAACUUGUUGGUGUCCACUAGUGUCGCGGAGGAGGGUUUGGAUAUUCAGCCUUGCAACGUCGUCAUCAGGUUCGACCCGGUCACCACGACAAUCAGUUACAUCCAAUCUCGAGGAAGAGCGCGACAAAAGAAUUCGCGCUAUAUCAUGAUGAUGGAGUACGACAACCGAGGCGAAGAGGCCGCGUUGGAGAAAAUCCAAAUUGGAGAGAAGAGCAUGCGCGACUGGUGUCACAGCUUGGAUUCGGAGCGGCUCAUGCGCAAGCCGGCGAGCAUCGACGAGGAUGAAGGAACAGAGUUGAUGGACAUGCUGACCCCAGAUCAAUCUUACAGGGUCCCUUCCACCGGGGCGCUUCUCACUCUGGACUCGGCCAUCCCGCUGCUGCAUUACUAUUGCAGCUCCCUAACAGGUGACGAGUUUUGUUCGCUGAGACCCGAGUUUUCUGUUACGGCCAACGGAUCAUCUGGAUUUAUUUGCGACCUCACCUUGCCUCCAAAUGCGUCUAUCCGGAUCGUACAGUCAGAUCGCACCUCGACCAAGCUGAUGGCGCGAAAAUCAGCAGCCUUCAAGGCCUGUGAGAUGCUCCACUCUCUCAAGGCUCUCAACGACAACCUACUGCCGGUGGUGGUCCGGGAGGCCAUUGGCGACUCUCCAGUCGAAUCUGGGCCUGUGGAGACGAUCGAGAAGAACCGAGUUUACCCUUAUACAUGCCCAGAGAUAUGGAAGCAGGACCCGAUGGACACUGAAGCUCCCAUCACCCUUCACAGAUGUGUCAUUGAGAUGGAUGAGCGUGAUGUUGAGUGUCUGGGAGGCAAGCGCCGGUUCCGCCUGAUGUGUAUUUUGACGCGCCAGCCUCUACCAAAUGCGAUUGCGCCGAUCCGUCUGUAUCUUGAAGGAGCUGGCAGGCUGGUGAACAUCAAAAGCUAUCCAGAGCCGGUUACAGUGAAGAAGGAGCAGCUUCUCCUCUUCCAAAAGUAUACCCUGCUGUUGUUCCAGCGGAUGUGCCGCAAGAGCUUUGAGUGCUCACUGGAGACCAUGCCGUACUUUGUUGUGCCACUCUGCAAGCGUAACACAUCCUCUAAGCUGGACUCGACUUUGGCCGAGACUGAGUUGGACAUAUCUUGGGAAGACAUCGAGUCUGGCCAAAAGGUGCAGCCUGAUCCAGUGCCUAUCCCGGAGACAGAGGACGAGCAAGCGUUGCAAACCAUUCUGGCACUCCACAAGGACCCAACUCGAGAAUUCUUCCUCAAGAAGAUUGUCACAGACUACAAGAUGCAGGACCUGAUGCCGCCCGAUACUUUCCAACAGGAGCUUGCAGCCUGGGACGAAUCUCUCACCAAACUCAGGAAUCAUACCAAGCGAUCAGCUGCCGACGCUUCCGCGGCCACCUCACCGUCACCCGACGCAUCCACUGGCAACUCAUCGCCUUCUAGCCAUUCAGCUUCCGAUCUUUCAGCUGAAGAAGUGGCGACGCCAGCUCCUACUCCGGCACCGAGGACAUUUGCGGCGUAUUUCAAGUGGAAGUUCCAUGUGGACUGCGAGGACAGUGACAAGAUUCUGAUGGUUGACCGGGUGCGCAAGAUGAGGAACCACCUGCAACCCGCAGUUCGCGAGGAGGAGGCCAAGGAGGAAACCGGAUCGAUGAUGGUGCCGCUGAAGGCGUGUAUCCGAGGCACCAUCAAGGCCGAUGUGCUGAGGAUGGCGCAACUGGUCCCCUCGAUCCUCUUCAGUUUGGACCAGGCGCUACUCGUUUACGAAGCGCGCGAGUUGGUUGGUCUCAGCCAGAUCCGCUUAGAUUACCUGCAGGAAGCCUUCACGACUUCAUCGUCAAACCGCGACUAUCAGUACGAGCGUCUCGAGUUGCUGGGAGAUUCGUUCCUGAAGUUCUCCAGUACGAUCCGGUUGUACAUUGUCAACCCUGCCAAGGAUGAAGGUCAGCUCCACGCGAGUCGUAUUCGCAUCAUCUCGAACAAAGCCCUUCUCGGUCACGCUAUGAGUUUGGAGUUGUAUCGGUUCAUCAGCAGUACGCCGUUCCAUCGCAAGUCCUGGAGACCACCCCAUUUCACGGUCGACAAGAAGGAGUGGGAGAGUGUGCAGAAACAUCAACUUUCGAACAAGACCCUUGCCGAUGUGAUUGAGGCUUCUUUGGGGGCGGCGUUCUUGAGCGGUGGGUAUAAUGUCGCGUUCCAGGCGGCCAAGGCUCUUCGGAUCCCAUUUGAAGAGUUUACGACGUGGGCGGAUUUUGAGAGGGUUUUCUUGGAAGCCAAGGCGACCAAAGAAGCGGCGUGGAGAGGGGAGGAAGGAUUGUCGCCGUCUUCAUCGACGACGCUGUCGGUGGCCAACAUGGCGGCGAUUCAGGAGGUUCAGAAGGUCUUGGGGUACGAGUUCAAAGAUCCGUCGUUAUUCUUUGAGGCCAUGACGCAUGCGUCACACAUCCGAACGGACGCGGUAUGUUAUCAGCGACUGGAGUUCCUGGGCGAUGCGGUGCUGGACUUCCAGGUCAUUCGGUACUACUACGAAAAGUACUAUGAUGCCCCACCGGGAGCGAUCACGCUCAUCAAAGACGCGUCUGUCAACAAUGGCAUCCUGGGCGCCAUCUCGCUCAAGUGGGGGCUCCAAAAGUUCCUUAACCACUACUCGCCGUCAUUGAUUGGUGCCAUCUCUCGAGCGAUGGUCAGUCUGGAGGAACGGGCGAGUAAAUCCCCGACGGGGGAGUUGGAGAAGGAAUACUGGGUGGAUAUCUAUAUGCCAAAAGUGUUGGGGGAUCUGGUGGAGUCGACUCUGGGGGCGGUGUUUGUCGACAGUGGGUUUGACUUUGAUCUCAUCACGGAUCUGUUCCGGAGGUUGCUCAAGCCGUUCUUGGAUAAACAUGUCAAUUUCGAGGGGAUGAUCCUCCACCCGAACAAGGUCCUCCUUGAAUCGUUACAGCACCAGGGCUGUCAUAGCUUCAAAUUUGAGACCGAGGCUGCCGAGAAGGUUAGCGACUCUGAGAAGUUGUUGAAGAAGUUGGGGUUGGGGAUGCGGUCGUCGAAUGGGUCGAGGAAUCAAGAUAAUGGGGAUCCUGUGUUGAAGUGCCAUUUCCGGAUUCAUGGGCGGACUAUGGCUACGGCAGUCGGGAAGCAUAUGGAGGAUUUGAGGAAGGAGGUCUCGUUGGUGACGUUGGCGAUUCUGAAAAGGGAGCCUGAGUUGAUGACGACGCUGUGUACGUGUCCGAAGAGGCGUGGGGCGAGGCAUGUUUCGAUGUUGGAUCGGUACCGGCAGGAGUAG